GUGGCGGUAGUGGCAGCAGCCGGCUCGCCACUGGCCGGAGAUCAUCCCAGCCCUUGGAGCGUGGGCGCCGGACAGCAGGCAGGCGGGAGUGACCCACGUGUGCGGAGGGCUCCACGCCGCGCCCUCCUUAUGCGUGUGCGGUGGGAUCCUCUCUGCAGCCUAGGAAGUCCUCGCAGCCGCCCCCCGCCUCCCCCGGCCAGCUGAUCCGGCGGCCCCUUCGCCACUCGCCAGGGAUGCAAAACUUCGCGCCUUUCCUCCUCUCCACUUGCUGGACUUUGGGGCUGGUACAUAGUAUUCACCCAGAAUGCAGAUUUCAGCUGGAGAUCCAUGAAGAGGAAAUGAAGUGCAUGGAAAUGUUAAAGAAUUCUAGGAGAGCAGAUUUUAAAGGAUGUGCUGGCACCUGGGAUAACCUAACCUGCUGGCACUCUGCAGAAGUUGGAGAAAUCGUGACAGUCCCUUGUCCAAAAAUCUUUAGCCAUUUUUUCAGCAAACCAGGAAACAUUAGCAAAAAGUGUACAAGUAGAGGUUGGACAGACAUAUUUCCAGAUUUCCUUCUUGCCUGUGGAUUUAAAAACAUUGAUGAGAACAGCGUGACUUUCUAUGUUCUGGUGAAAGCAAUUUACACCUUUGGGCACAGUGCCUCUCUCGUUGCUCUGACUACUGGAAGUAUCAUUCUUUGCCUUUUUAGGAAACUUCACUGUACUCGGAACUACAUACAUUUGAAUUUGUUCCUGUCUUUCAUUCUAAGAGCAAUCUCUGUUUUAGUCAAGGAUGAAAUCCUCUAUUCUAACAGCAGCAAAGAUCAGUGCCCAGAAGACCAAACAUCUUUGGUCGGCUGCAAGGUUAGCUUGGUAUUUUUCCAGUACUGUGUAAUGGCCAACUUUUACUGGCUCUUAGUUGAAGGACUUUAUCUCCACAUCCUCCUCACGAUCAUAUUCUCUCCUAACAGACACUUCACCAUCUAUCUCCUUAUUGGAUGGGGGAUCCCUACAAUAUUCAUAAUUAUGUGGAUAGUAUCUAGGAUUUAUUUAGACGACUCUGGUUGCUGGGAUACUAAUGAGCACAGUGGUCCUUGGUGGAUUAUAAAAUUACCGAUCCUAAUUUCUAUUCUAGUCAAUUUUAUACUCUUCAUUAGCAUUAUAAGAAUUUUACUACAGAAGUUGAGGUCACCAGACGUGGGAGGCAAUGACCAGUCCCAGUACAAGCGACUUGCCAAAUCCACGUUGUUGCUAAUCCCGCUGUUUGGAGUUCACUACAUGGUAUUUGCGGUUUUUCCUGUCCGCAUUUCCCAUAAUUAUCAAAUAAUUUUCGAGUUGUGUCUGGGAUCAUUUCAGGGCCUAGUUGUUGCAAUCCUGUACUGUUUUCUGAACAGUGAAGUACAAGGUGAACUGAAAAGAAAAUGGCGGAGUUGGUGUUUGAACCAAAGAAUGGGCCGAGAUUACAAGCUUCACAGCUCUUCCAUUUCUAGAAAUGGUUCAGAGAGCAUCUCACAGCUGCAUCGUAAUUCAACAAUACAGUUUUCUCUUCAGACAGAAACUUCGGUGAUAUAAGCCGUGUGGGAGCCAGCUAAAGACCAGACAAUGGAUUUCUGUGCACAGCUCAAGUCGAUGUGAUAUUUUCUAAAAUGUAUAGUUUGUACUCUGUUUUGUCUACGUGUCAAGACAUGGGGAUGGCCCAGUGUAGUGCAAAAUACUUUUUUUAAAAAGCUAAGCUCUAGCACUUUUUUUAGUAGCAAGAUGCAUCCCCAGAACAUACAUAACCAAGUCUUUAAUGAAUCUUCAUUAGUUGUCCUUGGUCCAGAGAAUCUUGUGAAUUCCAAUCUGAAAAUAAUUAGGAUUUGCUGGAUAAUUCUUCCAGAGGUCCACAUAACCUGAAGUUUUAGACUCGAGAAUUUUUUCCUGGACUAUGUUUCCCUAGGAUCCCCCUACAUUGCCUGGACUUAGCUACAUACUGCUAUGCCCAGGCUUUGGCGUUAUUGUAGUAAUACAGUAAUAUCCACUCAUGUUACCAUUGCAUGCCAGAUCAUAUCCUGAGCCAUGUUUGCUACUUCCUGAGUGGACUUACUAGGCAUGGGUCUGAGUCAGGCAAGGCCCAUGAUGGUGAAAGUGUGAGGCAAGUUUUAAAACUGGUGAAGUAUCAGAAGCAAAAAUAGGCAGUCAGAUUUCAAUGCCUAGAGGCCAGUUCUUCUGUCAUUUCAUCAGUCUUGUUUUUAUCCACCCUUCCUAAAAGGUGUCCCCCGGCCCAUAUUUUAUCCUCACGACAACUCUGUGGGGUAGGUUGGGCUGAAAAAAUUACUGGCCCAAAUUUAUCUAGUAGCUGACUGGAAGAUUUCAGCUGUCCAAUCUUCAGGCUUCAUGAGAUGUGGCGGCAUCCCUGUCUCCCUGAGAGCCAGCGUGGUGUAGUGGUUAAGAGCAGGUGGAUUCUCAUCUGGAGAACCGAGUUUGAUUCCCCACUCCUCCAC